UAAAAAACCCAAGAAAAGCAAGAAAAUGCAAAAUCUCCCCUUCCUCCACAACACUUUAUUAUGUUCAAAAUGCUUAGUUUGAUGUUACCAAUAACAAGGCUUUUCUUUGCUUUGUCCCUCUCUUUCCACUUCUCUCUCUAGAUUCAUUCUUUCUCUCUCUAUAAACUUCUUCCACUACUUGUACUUCUACUAAUCUUCCAUCUUACUAUUAUUGCGGCAUUGUCUCUUUGUUUUAGCCAUCAGCUCAAGGUCACACUCAUCACUCAUUACACAUUUACACUCCUCUUCUUAGAGUUAGUCUUAGUAAUUCUUGGUCUUUGUCCUCUAAAUUUUCUUGGGUCCAUACUAUUUUCUCUUCUUUUUGUCUACAAUUAAUCUAAAAUUAAAACCCAUAUAAAAAAUUCAAUCUUUUUGCUACUUGAAGAAAUUGUUAAUGGGUUGUUUAAAUUUAUGAACAUAAUAUAAAGAUACAAUCUUUUUGUAAGGAGUGAGCAAGAGUGUGGAGUGGUGGGGGUGUUGAAUAACAUAUUAUUGUAUGAAGAUUUGGUGAAACAAUGAGAGAUGGAAAACCAAAGAAAAGCAAGCUUUCAUGGUCCAAGUCUUUGAUAAGGAAAUGGUUCAAUAUCAAAAGUAAAUGUGAUGAUUAUCCUAUUCAUGAUCUUGCUUAUGGAGGAGGUGAAGUUGAAUGGAGAACUAGCUUCUCAGAAAGAGAACCAAGUAAUAUCAAGAAAAGUAAAACAGAGAAAUUCAACAUCAAUUCUGAUCGAAUACGACGUGGAAGGGAAUAUCUUGAACAUCCAAGGAUUAUAGAUGUUCAAAAUCAUAGUGUAUUUGUAGCAACAUGGAAUGUGGGUGGGAGAUCUCCACCAAGUAAUAUGAAUUUAGAUGAUUGGCUUCAUGCUUCUCCUGCUGCUGAUAUAUAUGUUCUUGGAUUUCAGGAAAUUGUACCUUUGAAUCCAAGCAAUAUAUUAGGAGCUGAAGAUAAUGGUCCCGCUAAGAAAUGGGUUUCCAUAAUAAGGAAGACAUUAAAUAACCGUCCUGGAAUGUGUGGAAGCAGUGUUAACCAUACACCCUCCCCUGUUCCUAAUCCAAUUGUAGAAAUAAAUGCAGAUUUUGAAGGGUCCAGCAGGCAGAGAGCUGCAUCAUUCCUUCCUCGCCGAUCAUUUCAAGCCACAGGAAGUUGGAAGACCGACAACGACCCCUCCACUUCACAGCCUCGACUUGAGCGACGUUACAGUGUAUGUGACCGUGUCAUAUUUGGUCAUAGGCCUAGCAACUACAGACCGAGUGAUUAUAGGGCGAGCGAUUAUAGGGCAAGUGAUUAUAGGGCGAGCGAUUAUAGGGCAAGUGAUUAUAGGGCGAGCGAUUAUAGGGCGAGUGAUUACCGACCUAGUGAUUACCGACCAAGUGACUAUAGACCAAGUGACUUCAGGCCGAGUGACUUCUCUCGAUGGGGUUCAUCCGAUGAUGAUUAUGGCCCGGGUGAUUCGCCAAGCACAGUACUCUUCUCGCCUAUGUCUUGUGGUGGAUCCGCUCAUAGUGACAUUUGCUACAGACAGCCUAAGCAAUCGAGAUACUGCUUGGUUGUAAGCAAGCAAAUGGUGGGGAUAUUUCUCACUGUAUGGGUCAGGAAAGAUUUGAGAGAGCAUGUACGGAAUGUGAAAGUCUCGUGCGUUGGUAGAGGCUUAAUGGGUUACCUCGGAAAUAAGGGUUCGAUUUCAGUCAGCAUGUUAUUGCACGAGACCAGCUUCUGCUUUGUCUGCAGCCAUUUAACCUCGGGACAGAAAGAAGGAGAUGAGCUGCGCAGAAAUGCCGAUGUCAUGGAGAUUCUCAAAAAGACUAGGUUCCCACGUGUCAGUAGCAUCGUCGAUGAGAAAUCUCCUGAAACGAUUGUCGACCAUGAUCGAGUUAUCUGGCUUGGAGAUCUGAAUUACCGGUUAACUCUUCCUUAUCGGUCGGUUAGAGCACUUGUUGAGAUGCAAAAUUGGAGGGCUUUGUUGGAGAAGGACCAGCUUCGCACUGAACAAAGAAGAGGCCGUGUGCUUACCGGUUGGAAGGAAGGAAGUAUAUAUUUUCCACCCACUUACAAAUAUUCUCACAACUCAGAUAGAUAUGCUGGGGAUGAUCAGCAUUCAAAGGAGAAAAGACGAACACCCGCUUGGUGUGACCGAAUUCUAUGGUACGGAAGUGGGCUCCACCAGUUAUCUUAUGUCCGAGCUGAAUCAAGGUUUUCGGAUCAUAGGCCAGUCUAUAGCAUAUUUUGGGCCGAGGUGGAAUCUAUCCCGGCCAGAUUGAGGCGAACGAUGAGCUGCUCUAGUUCAAGGAUCGAAGUUGCCGAUCUCUUGCCUUAUUCACAUGGUUACACUGAGCUUUGCUUUUUCUAAGGAGUGGGGUUAGAGAACUACAUCAUCAAUCAAAAUGAUCAAGCUCAGAGCCUACUCCAUUAUUGCCAUUCAAACCAUUUUGCUGGCGGGAAUAACUUUGAACAAACUCAAUUCCUUGACAUGAUGCAGACAUUUCCUUGCUCAAUCUUCGAAAAAGGUGUAAAUUUUGCAAUUUUGAUGCCAUAUAUCAUAUAUCAUUCCUAACACGACGAACUCGACUCCUCAACUGUAUAUAAGCAUGGGAUUAAUAUUCAUCUGCAAUGCAUAAUGCUAACUACAACUACAAUUCAAGAUCGACGAGUUUUGCUAACUUGCUUAAUCACUUAGGGGUAUUUCUUUUGUUAUUUUUUUUUUUUUUACAUUUUUUGGGUGAAAAUUUUAAUUUUUUGCUGAUAAUCAUUUUGGGAAAUUCCCUUUUUUAGAGAUUUGAUUAGGCAUUAGUUAUGAAAGUGAUGAAAGUGCAAUGGAGUAUAUAAAAACUUCAUUAGCAAGUAGUACAAGUUAAUCAUAGCGAGAUUUCAUGCUUUGUUUGAAAAAUAUUAUACAAAUGGUGUCUUAUAAGCUAUUCUUUAUCUUCUAUUUUAUUCUUCCU